AUGCAUUUGAGAUUCAUGUCCGCUGGUCAAGUUAAAAUGUCUUUGAAGGACAAUGAUGAGGUGCUCGUGAUGUUCGCUUCCUUGAGACUGGAGAGCGAUGUUGUGGAUAGUGAUAUGCAUAUGGUGUAUUUGGAGAAAACAAGUUUCUUGCGGAAACUGGGGUAUACCGAUAACUCUGAGGAGAUGGAAAUAGCUACGAAGAUGUUUGAAGGGAGAGGUGAUGAGUUACUAGAGAGAUUUGAUUGCUUGGUUGAAGCUGGUUUGGAAUAUAACACUGUAGUUGGAAUGAAGAGGAAUGCAAUACAUCGCGAGUUUCACUUGAGUACCAUAGUUUCAAGUCAUGAGAAACAGUUUCUAAAACUCUUUGUGAAUGUGCACCUCGGUCCAACAGCUUGGCAAACUAUAAAUAGCUUAUCUAACAAUUAUAAGGAUUAA